AUGACCACUGCUGAAGACGAUAGCAUUGCAUCCUUCAGUAGUGACUUGGAUUCGGACACUGCUGUACCCGCAGCCAAACAACCACUUCCAACUUUCGCGUCGACGAACAGUCAAAGUCCUCCUUCCACUUGUUGGCAGCAUUAUGAUUCCAAUCGAGCCAGGGAGAGCAGAUACACCACAAGUGCAUCUGAGAAGCCAACGACGCAAACUUCUGUUAACGUCAAGAUCGAGAAUAAUGCAACCUUGCCAAAUCGGACCCAUCUCGAUGAGAACGAACGGCAAUCGCCCACUACUGUAACUCCAAGCAUGAGCCAACUUGACGAUGAUGAUGGUGGUUCUAAUCAUGAUGCUGGUGCCGCAGUAGCAGCAUCCACGACAGUGCCAAUAAGGAUCCAACAGCAUAAUGUCACGGGAGCAUCCGUCCACACUCCUGAAUAUAAUCCAAGUGGCGGCGGCAUGAAGCUGAAUGCAAAGCAAGCACAGGCAGUACAAGCCAUCAAGGACAAGAAGAAUGUUUUCUUGACGGGUCCUGCCGGAACGGGCAAGAGCGUUGUCCUGAGAAAAGUCUUGAAAUACUGUUCCGAAACCUACAGGCCUAACCAAUGGGUGGCGGUGGCCCCAACGGGAGUCACUGCCAUUGCGAUCGGAGGACAAACGAUCCAUUCCUUUGCUGGCAUUGGAAUUCCAAGUGAACAAGAAGACUUCAACAAAGCGUGGCAAGGAGAAAAAAGACAAGCUUGGCGAGAACUCAAAAUCAUGGUGAUGGAAGAGAUUUCCAUGAUUGCUGGAGAAUUCUUGGAUCGUCUCGAUAGCGUGGUGCGGCAAAUAAGAGGUGUAGAUGCACCGUUCGGUGGUAUUCAAGUCUUGAUUUGUGGUGACUUUUUGCAACUUCCACCCAUUGCCGAGUCGAUUGAAAACAUGGCAAAGAUGAGGGAGUUUGUUAACGAUCCUGGGACUGUCCAUGGCAAUCGUGGAUUUGCCUUUCAAAGCUACUUUUGGAAGGAAGCAAACUUGGAAACAAUCCAUUUGACGGAAGUCUUUCGACAGGACAAUCCACAGUUUGUCAAUGUCCUGAGUCGAAUCCGAAGAGGCCUCGUUGGGGAGCCAGCAAAGUCUUUCUUGGCCCAAUGUGCUCGCCCAUUGACUCUUCCAAGCAAAGAUAUUGAACCCACUCGCCUAUACUCCAAGAAUGUGGAUGUGAAUAGAGAGAAUAUGUCCGAGUUGGUGCGCCUUGAUGGAGACACUCAUCAGUUCAAAGCCAUCGACCAUGUCAUCGCAGCAUCUUUUGCCAAGCCAGGAGCAGAAGAAAAGCUCUGGAAUUCCGAAUUCUUUCGACAAACUGUGGCUGAAGACCUUCUGAGAUUGAAGGUUGGGGCCCAGGUAAUGUUGAUUAAAAACGAUACUCUGAAUAGACGAACCCUGGUGAAUGGCUCCCGCGGAGUUGUUGUUGAGUUUACCAACGAGCAACCAGAGCCUCCGUUUAACAUUCCCAUUAGCAUUCCUAAAUCGAAUUCUGAUCAAGCAAGAAAAGAAGGCAUCUACCCAAAGGUCAAAUUCCAAAACGGCGAAACUAGAAUUCUUGGAAUGGCUGAGUUCACUUCAAGAAUAGUGGGAGUCGGACAAUGUAUUCGAAUUGCAGUUCCUUUGAAGCUUGCAUGGGCUAUUACGGUCCACAAGUCGCAGGGAAUGACACUGGACUAUGUCAAAAUUGAUCUUUCUGGUGUAUUUUGUAAAGCUCAAGCCUAUGUUGCGCUCAGUCGAGCCAAAGAUGAAAAGUGCCUGGAGCUGCGAAACUUUUCGUCCCGCUUGGUCAAAGCAGAUGCAUGUGCACUAGCAUUCUAUGAUCAUCCCAACAUUGAGAUAAACAAAUGGGAUCACCGUGAAAAGUGGACCCGAGCAAAAGUGAAAGUUGAAAGUGUCAAUAACGAGCCCCCUUCACAAGAAGAAACGAAGGAAAGUAAGAAUCAAGCAUGGGUUUAG